AUGGUUCAUGGUCUGAAAGGUCAUCCGUAUAAAACCUGGAGGUGCAAGCAAACUCAGGAAAAUGCGGAUAAACCAUCAGCGCACCCCGAAAAGGAGGGGCCUCAGCCAAGCAUUCCAAAACGACUCGAACUUAGACAAAGUCUCAAGGCGUUCUUGAAAGGCUCGUCAAGCAACAGCCGACAAGACAGCAGUCUCACCGAAUCAACAAGCAACACUGUUACAGCUCUAGAGACCGGUGAUCUUUCUGUUUUCUGGCCCGCUGAUUUACUCCCCCAAACUUGCAAGAAGGCUCGAAUUUUGACAUUUGGUUAUGAUACGAAGAUAACCAAGUUUGCCUCUGGGCCGACUAACACAAACAGUAUUUUCUCCCAUGGGAAGGACUUUCUGUUCUCGCUGGGGCGCGAAAACGUGCGAGACCGUCCUAUGAUAUUUGUUGCUCACAGCCUUGGUGGAAUACUGGUGAAAGAGAUGCUAGCUUUAUCAUCAACCUCCAGUACUCCCUCCCUGAAAGGUAUCAUCGAGUCAACUGCGGCUGUUGUCUUCCUUGGCACGCCCCAUCGAGGGAGUCCUGAACUGUCAGCCAUCGGCGAAUGGGCAAGAUCAAUGCUGAGCAGUCUGAAGUUCCAAACGACAUCGACAAUCUUGGACACCCUGGGCCUCAAGACAACAGACCUUGAACGCGCCCACGAAGCGUUCUGUAGACUCUGGUAUCAGUAUGACUUCCGGGUGAAGACGUUCCAAGAAAGCUUUGGUCUUACUGGGAUUGAUCUGGGUGUUUUGGGUAACAAGGUCGUGCCUCAUGAGUCUUCCUUGAUUGGGGAUCCAAGGGAACAUGCAGAGACUCUCCAAGCCAACCAUAAGGAGAUGAGUCGCUUCAGCAGCGAUCAGGACCCGAACUACAUCAAAGUUGCCGGGGAGAUCAAGGCAUUCUAUACCGCCAUUGAUAAUGCUCACUCUAGGAUUCAGUUUCCGGCGGAGGCGACUCAAAUUCUUAAUAUGCAAGCUGGCAAGAACAAGAAGUCACUUUCUGGAUAUGGUCCCCCGGAUGUCCUGGAGCAGAAAGAAUUGGACGACUUUCUUGCAGCACUGCGCUUCGAUGGGAUGAAUAAUCGCAAAGAUUCUAUCUUGGCCCCUGCUAUGAAUACCGGGCAAUGGCUAUUCCAGUACCAUAAAUUCCGUCUCUGGACCACUACAACUGAUGAAAGGCAGCGUCUGCUCUUCAUCAAGGGAAAGCCAGGAGCAGGCAAGUCAACCUUGAUGAAAGAGGCUGUACGACGCAUGCAACAUUUUGCAAGAAGAGACCAUAUAUGCGCCAGCUUCUUCAUUGACGCUGGCGGCGAGAACAUGCAGCGCUGCACCACUGGAAUAUUUCGAUCGUUGCUCUACCAGCUUCUGUUGCAGAGCAGGAUAUGCAGCCCGGUAACACAGGCGACCGUUGAGAGACAGAUGUUGAUCUAUAGCAUUAAGGAUGCUAUCAUGAACACCGUACUGGCUUCGGCAGAAUGGGACGAGAGUCUUUUAGAAACCUUGCUCUCUGAAACGCUUGAUUUCCUAGCAUCGUUAGGUAAACCGGUCUUUAUCUUCGUGGAUGCACUUGACGAAUUGAGCACAGAGAUGCAGCGACGCCAAGUUGACUUCUGGAGUUUAGGACUCCAGAUUUUCGACAUCCGGGGCCCAAGAAUCUGCUUGUCUUGCAGACACUUUCCCAGCAUCGCCGUUACUGGCUGUCUAGAACUCGUUUUGGAUAUUUAUAAUCAGACCGACAUCUUGAAUUACAUCAAACAGCGACUGAAUGCGCGAAUCUCUGCACACGAAGGACACUGGAGGAAAGAACUCACGGAAAAGAUCCACACGCUGUCAUCAGGGGUUUUCCUCUGGGUUGUUUUGGUGGUGGAUGAAGCCCUGGAAAAUUAUGAUAUGGGUAUCAGCUUACUCGGGAUCAUACGGCGGGUUGAAGCAAUGCCAGUGGAGCUCGAGAAGCUGUACGAAAAGAUGUUGACAUCAACUGUAUUCAUGGAUCUUCGGUUGGCGGGAAGGAUGUUCCAAUGGGUCAUCGCAGCAAACAGACCCUUACGUCUUGACGAGUGGCAUCACGUACUCGCUUUUAUCCAGUCUCCAAAACCAGCCUCGCUCGCAGAGUGGCGAAAAUCAACGUCUCACACCGAGAACGACUAUCAGCUGGAAAGGAAGAUCAGAUACUUAUCGAGAGGCUUACUGGAAGUCAGCACCAAGCAGCACGAUAUCCUCGCAGAGAAGAACGGAGAAGUUUCAUCGAUCAACGCUGGCGCUGGAUCUCUGGACCACGAGGAGGGAUCAGCUCGUGUGGUGCGUGUCAUUCACCAGUCCGUUUACGAUUUCUUCGUACACAAAGGAGGAUUCCGGAACUUGCGCUUGGAGAGCGUCAACCCUCUUGUGGACUGCCAUUGCACUAUUGUGGAUACCUGCCUCGACUACUUGUUUAUGCCAGAGCUGGAUGAAUAUGUUGUUGCUCGACAACGAGUAAACAUGGCGAGUCUAAUCAGUGCCUCAUUAUGCUCGGAGACUCCCUUUGAAACUGAAGAGCCUCCAAAGGUAGAAGCUCAGCAGAAGGGACGAGGGUCUGGGCAUGCCUUUGAAGGCUUGGACGCAUUGCGCCCCUGGCAGUCUAUUGAGGUCGUUGAAAACUGGCUGGCUGGGGGAGCUUUGUCCUCAUAUACAGAAUCCAUCGCCGGCUCUGUAAAACGUUCUGUCUCACGUGAGUCUCUUGCCGCUGCUACAUCGCAGGUUCUCAACGACUACCCAGCUCUACUCGUAUAUGCAAUUACAGAAGUCAUGCUACAUAUCGAGCUUGCAGAGCUGUAUCUUAAUCCCACCCAGAAAACACAGAAUCUCAUCGCGAGAUUGAGAGAUGAUGGUAUCUGGAAACGACUCCGAGCACUACAGCAAGAGAAGCGUACGCGAAAAAGAACCACUGAAUGGCUUGAGGCAAUCGCCAAGAACGGGUUACCCCCGGCCCCCGAGUGA